AAUAUCAUACUGACUCGCGUAAUUGGCUGGUAUAUAAUGCGUGAUCUGUACUGGAAUCACCAUGCCAAGGCUCGGACUUGAUAUUGAUAAGGGUUUAUUGUGACAGAUAUUCAUUGUUCAGAAAACCGACCAAAUCAUGCAGUUCUCUGUUUACCUGUUUUUCCUCGUGGUAUUUACCGGAAGUGUGUUUGGAGGUGACUUCUGCAUGGACCACGCCCCCUCGGGUGCCGUUGAUGGAUGCAGUGUUCCCCUUCUCCAUUUUGACUACGAGGCCCAAUUCACGCCUUCCUGUAAUAAACACGAUGUCUGUUACGAUUGUGGUCAUCGUUUCGGUUACGACAGAUCGACUUGUGACAAGAUGUUUCUGAAUCACAUGUUAGCCACUUGUACCGGUAAGAAACGACUGGUCAACUGCCAGCAUUCAGCAGAGAUCUUCUGGUCCGCUGUACGGGUCGGGGCCUACUUCCACUACCACGAGACAGCACCAGCCUACUGUUCAGAACCCUGGAUCAGCCAAUGUCUUGCAUGAAAAAUUACAUGUAUUCAAAACUCUUUUUUCGUUUAUAUCUUACUUACAUAUACAUUUUCAUAAUAAAUUUCGGUUGGUUUC